AUGGCCAACCAUGUCACUCCACCUACCCUGGCAAGAGAUUCCUCACAGCUUGGAAAGAUCCCUGAUUUGGAUCAGCAGGCGUGGAUCCUUCAGGGUCAGUCACUUGUGACUGUUCCACGGAGUAAUAGUGUGGUGUCAGUUACUGUCACUGUUAUACCAUGCAAGUAUACAGAGUCCCUUGAGCAAGACAAAGGGACUCCCAUUUAUCUGGGGAUCCAGAAUCCAGAUAUGUGUCUGUGCUGUGAGAAUGUUGAAGGACAACCCACAUUGGUGCUGAAGGAGAAGAAGAUUUUGGAUCUGUACAACCAACCCCAGCCUGUGAAGCCCUUCCUUUUUUACCGCUCCCAUACAGGAAGCACCUCCACCUUUGAGUCUGUGGCCUUUCCUGGCUGGUUCAUUGCCUCUUCCAAGAAAGAUGACCCCAUCUUCCUCACUUCAGACCAGGGAAAAUCAUACAACAUAAACUUCAAUUUAUAUAUAGAAGCUUGAACUCAGCUUGGAGAUGGUAGCUUGCUCAGAGGUCCUUAAAUUUUCAAAGUUCUAGCAUAUGUUCCUCUGUAUGCUCUCAGUGCCAUUUUCACACCAGUGCUGAGAAGUGAACAGGCUGCUGUUACCACCUUGUGUUCUGGAUGAAGAAACAAUGGCUUUGUGGCCACUGAAGGCCAGAAUGCGAACUCAGAACAGAGAUUGGGUGAUGUAUGGCUCUCCUCUCUAGCAGAAGCUGUGCAGCCCACAGGACACAAUGCAUGAGAAAUGUUUCCCAGUGCUAUGGUGCUGUGGUGUUAUGGUGAUCGAAACCACGGGAUCCCUGGGAAUAGCAACACCCUUAUUUUCAGGUGAUUGGUCUUUUCCAUACCUGGAUUUUACAUGCUCACAAUAUCAAAUAUUCUUGCAUUUGAGUCGUGUGAGAUUCUGGCUGAUAUUUAUUGAAAAUGUGAUUUCUUUGGACCUUGAGAAGUUGGGCACCAUAUAGGGCUGGUUGUACCAGAACAGAGACUUUUGGAUUCUAGAAGGAACUACCAGAUUUAGAACAAUUAGAGCUACUCUAUAACUACACUGAACUGCAAUGUCUACUUCUGGGAGCUUGAUCUGAAGACACUGCCUGUCAAUUCAUGGAUGACUGUGCAUGGGGCUGGAGAUACUGCUUUUUCUCCCACCCUCAGAGAAUGA